AUGGCUUUAGAUUUUUCUGCAACAUAUAAAUUACUAGUUUUAGGUGAUUCAAAUGUAGGCAAAACGUGUAUUGUGCAUAGAUAUUGUGAUGAGCGAUAUUACGAUAUAUACAUAUCUACAAUAGGUAUAGAUUUCAAACAAAAGAUAAUAAACUUAGACGGUGUGCCAAUCAAACUCCAGAUAUGGGAUACCGCCGGCCAGGAGAGGUUUCGGACUCUAACAACAGCGUACUACCGAGGUGCCAUGGGCAUCAUACUUAUGUAUGACAUCACCAAUCUAGAGUCCUUCAAUCAUCUCUCUUACUGGCUAAGGAAUAUACAAGAAUACGCGUCACCCGAUGUGAUCAAGGUGUUGGUUGCGAACAAGUGCGACGUACAUGAGAAUCACAGAGCUGUACCUAAGGAGAGGGGCCAAAAGAUAGCGGAUGACUUCGAUAUGCCGUUUUUCGAAGUAUCCUGUAAAAGUAACAUCAAUAUUGAGGAAGCAUUUCUCACGUUAGCCAGGAAAAUACGAGAAUAUAGGGAUUCCAAGGCGGACGCCUUCGAGUUGAAAGAAAGAGAUAACGUCAUAAAGCCUUCUGAUUCGGAGACAGAUGUGUCAAAAUGUAGUUGUUAG